CUUUGCCUCUUUCGCCUUUGCCUCUUCUGCAAUUAUCUCUAUCUUUAUCUCUGAUUCCUUCUCCAUCGCCUCUUAUCUCCAUUGACUCCUCCGAAUCCUCCGAUUCCAUUGCAAUUCAUCUUCUUCGUUGACGAUGACCCCUGCUUUUUUUCACUUCUUCUGCAAUUAUCUCCAUCUCCAUCGAUUCCUCCAAUUCCUCCAAUUCCUCCAAUUUUUCAAAUGCAAUCCCACGCCAGCGGCUUAAUCCCCAACACCCACUACUUUAACCCCAUUAUGCUGCUGCAAUUCAUCAUCUCUAUCGAUUCUACCGCUGCAAUUCAUCAUUCUUGCCUAGCUCUUCCUUCUUCUGCUUAACCUGAAAAAAAUUGGACUAUAUAUCACAUGAGCUAUCAUUUUGCAUCACAAAAUUUGAUACGGUUAUGAUGACCGCAACUUCCAAUGGUUACCAUGAUGAACAUAAGUCAUCAUCCUCUACUGCUGCUGCCAAGGUUGUUUCCACCGGUGUAAAGAAAAGCAGUAGCAGUGCGAUAGAUUAUGAGUCUAGCGACGAUGAACGGCAUUUCAAGAGGAAGCCUUCAAGGCAUUAAUCAUCGCCUCCACCAAUGGCUGAGAGGGAAGAUGAGCCACGACACUCAAAGGGGUCUAGAGAACGAGAACGGAGCAGCUAUAGUAAACACAGAUAGAAUGCAGAAUGCUGGCUCUGAUAGUGUAGCUGCACUGCUUGCUUCUACUUUUUCCUUUCCAUUUUUUUUUUUAUUCUGGCUGCUGCUGCUGCUGUUGCGUUUGCAUCCUUGGUGCGGAUGAAAAAUUGUUGGUAUAUACACAAGAAACCCACUGAUUUUUACAGUAAUGUCAGGUUUUUUUGCUGCUUCUGUUCAAGUAAUCUUCUUAGGUUUGUUUGUUAAUCACAGUAGUUGGGUUUCACUUCUUUUGUUUUUUUGGUGAACUCUAUGUUAUGAAAUUUUGACAUGAUCUACUUGGAUUAAGGGUAAUUGGAUCUUGAUUUAGCUUUGGAUAUGAUUCAUUAACCUCUUGAUUUUCUGUUGCAAAUGAUGUAUUGUUAAAUUCAGUUCACUUGGUUUUGUAUAGUUUCCAUUAUAAUCUGAUUGGUGUUUGUUUUUUAUGUUAUUGAAUUUUUAUGAUGAUGGGUUGCUUCCUUGAGUAAAUGGGUAUGGGAAAA